UGGAAAGUGGGGAGAGGAGGAGUUGGUGCUGUUUACUGAGCAGAGCUUUGUGAGACUGUCAGUCGGGCAGCACUGACUAUGGCGCACACUCAGCUGCUGAAACCCCAGACUCUGGCGGAGUUAAUUGGACACUUGCACCGAAUUUUCGACAGCGACAAGAUUGACGUGGAGGAGGUGAAAACCCUCCUGCAGUCUUACCAGAGCAACCCCAGCGAAUGGCGCAAAUACGCCAAGUUCGACAAGUUCAGGUACACCAGAAAUCUUGUUGAUGAGGGAAAUGGAAAAUUUAACUUGAUGAUACUCUGUUGGGGUGAGGGUCAUGGCAGUGCUAUCCAUGAUCACACCAAUUCUCACUGCUUCUUAAAGAUUCUUCAGGGAAAUUUGAAGGAAACUCUCUUCAGUUGGCCUGAUCCUGGCAAAAAAGAAAUGGUUAAGAGGAGCGAGUCAAUUCUGGAGCAAAACCAAAGCACUUAUAUGAGUGAUACUAUCGGGUUGCACCGAGUUGAGAAUGUGAGUCACACAGAGUCUGCUGUCAGUCUUCACUUGUACAGUCCUCCAUUUGAUCACUGCCAGUGCUUUGAUCAAAGAACUGGGCAUAAAGCCACAGUGAAGAUGACAUUCUGGAGCAAAUUUGGAGAAAGAAGCUCUCAUACAACUGUGUGUCAAGAAAACAACUGAUGGAUUCAUGGGGACCACUGGACUUGCUCAAUGGAAUUUCUAUAUAGCCUGCAUUUGCAUCACCUUCCAGUUGGAUCCUGAAGCUACAAAUGUCCUUAUUGUACUUAGCUUUUGGAAAAACAUGCGAUUGUAAUCUGAAUCAUGAAUUUUUUAAAAAAAACUCAUAUAGUAAUUACUGGGACUAAAGCUGAUUUUGUUUUGUGUACCUGAAUAAAUAAAUGUGUGUAGUGAUUACACUCCUGUACGCAAAGGAAUUUAGAGGCGGUCUUCAUGAAUAUUUUCCUUAGAGAUGUGCUGUCACUAGUCAUGAGUAGUGCUGAAGUGGCAUGCUCUAUUUAAAUGCAAUUUUGUUGUAAAUGAGAAAAAGUUGGUGCACUUUAAUUUAAGAAGGUGCCUGUUAACAACCCUCACUAGAUUUUCCUUUUCAUGGAAAUGUCAUAUGAAUGUCAUUUCUUUCACACUUUAAAAUUGUUGAUAUAAGUAGAGACAACUUCUUUAACAUUUUGGAGACCCUUCUUUACUGUGCUUGCAAAUUGUAAUGUGUUAUUUCAUGGGAUAUUUUACUGUCACACAACCACUAUAUGUCAAUCAGUACAUUUUGAUGGUUUUGAAACCCUUUGUCGAUGUUUCAUUUAACAAUGUAAAGUAAUUUUCAAAUAUAUAUUUUGAUAACUGUAGUUUUUAUUAAAGAUUGGAUGUUAUUUUUGGCAGUUACUUUAAUAAACCAUAUAAACCUUAUUUGUGUAAAUGUUUUAAGUAAUGUUUGUGAUUGUUAACAUUUCAGUUGUGAUUAUAUUGAAGGAUGUGAAACAAUGAGCAGUGGCUCAAUCUGUAGCUAAAAUUGAUAGAAAAUAAUAGAUUCUGCCUAUAUUGUACUGGAGAAUUCAUGAUGGUCUUGGUUCAAAUCUUCUCACCAACCUUCAACUGCCUAAUAUAAUACAGGUGACACAUUAUGAUUCAGCUAUUUAUCUGAACCUUAGCCUGUUAAGUAUCAGUAAAUCAUGCUUAUGAAAAUUUAUUAUAGGCUGAAGGUUAAGGAUUUUCUGAUAGAAAAUAAAUCGUACCUUAAUUAAACCCCCUUUCGGGGAUUGAUCACAAGCA